CUGCGCUCAGCUCAGCCACACCGGCUCAGGGUCGUUUCGUACGCCUAGGGGUUUUUGCACGCGCAGUCGGGUGUAAUUAGGAGGACGUGAAGAUGAGAGGCGCUCGCGCAAGCCGCUCGCACGCGCUGCCCGGAUGAUAUAAAAAGCGCGCGGCUCAGGCUCGCGCUUCGCUUCUGGGUUUGUUUUUGUUCUGUUCUCGCGCACCUGGUUCGAGCGCUCGCGCUGCGGCUCUCCGCACACACGAGAGACAAUUAACAAGUGUUUGUGUGCGCGCGCGCGAGAAAUGGUCGUGUGCGUCCUGGGCUUUCUUCUCCUGCCACUGUGUCUCCAGAUGGUCGGAUUUACCGACGGCUCUCGAAUAGAAUGUGAGCCAUCACAGUUCCAGUGUGGGAACGGUCGCUGCAUCCCAUCUGUAUGGCAGUGCGAUGGUGACAUGGACUGCACUGAUGGGAGUGAUGAAAGCAAGUGUGUGAGGAAGACUUGUGCGCCGCAGGACUUUGUUUGCCGCAACGGUCAGUGCCUCCCCAAAAGAUGGCACUGCGAUGGAGAACCGGACUGCGAAGACGGCUCGGAUGAGAGCUUUGAGCUGUGUCACUCUAGAACCUGCCGUAUGAAUGAGUUUAGCUGUGGCACAGGCUCUACUUUGUGCAUUCCUGUCUCUUGGAAAUGUGACGGCGAGAGAGACUGCGACAACGGAGAAGACGAGGAGAGCUGCAGUAACAUCACCUGCUCUCCUCUGGAAUUCACUUGUGCCAGCGGUCGCUGCGUAUCGCACAACUUUGUGUGUAAUGGAGAGGAUGACUGCGGUGACGGUACUGACGAAUUCGACUGCACUUUGACCUCGUGUGGCCCUGACCAGUUCAAGUGUGGCAACGCGACUUGCAUUCCUAUUGGCUGGGUGUGUGACAAUGACGUAGACUGUCAGGACCAUUCAGACGAGUCUUCUUCGCACUGUGGGAGGAACCCCACGCCGUCUGUAAAAUGUUCGGCGACCGAGACGCAGUGCGGCUCAGGAGAGUGUAUUCACCGCAAGUGGCGCUGCGACGGAGACGCCGACUGCAAAGACGGCAGCGACGAGAGAAACUGCCCUCCUCGCUCCUGCCGCCCAGACCAAUUUAAGUGUGACGACGGCAGCUGUAUCCAUGGCAGCCGGCAGUGCAAUGGUUUCCGAGACUGCACCGAUGGCACUGAUGAAGAAAACUGCAAAAACCUGACACAGUGUAGAGGCCCAGACAAGUACAAGUGUAGGAGUGGUGAGUGCAUUGAGAUGAGCAAAGUCUGUAACAAGGCCCGGGACUGCACUGAUUGGAGCGAUGAACCGAUCAAAGAAUGUAAUGUGAACGAGUGCCUCGUAAACAACGGCGGCUGCUCGCACCUGUGCCGUGACUUGGUGGUUGGCUACGAAUGUGACUGCACACCUGGGUUACAGCUCAUCGAUCAUAAAACCUGUGGGGAUAUCAAUGAGUGUUUGAAUCCUGGGAUCUGCAGUCAGAUUUGCAUCAACUUGAAGGGAGGCUACAAAUGCGAGUGUCAUGAGGGUUAUCAGAUGAACUCCAGCACAGGAGUGUGUAAAGCAGUAGGCAAAGAACCGUGUCUCAUCUUUACAAAUCGGAGAGAUAUCCGGAAGCUUGGCCUGGAAAGACGGGAGUAUACGCAGAUAGUGGAGCAGCUGCGCAACACUGUGGCACUAGACGCAGACUUCAACCAUCAGAAGAUUUUCUGGGCUGACCUUGGACAGAAAGCCAUCUAUAGUGCAGCACUGGACCACAAUUCGAGCAGCCACACGAGAGUGAUUGAUGUACAAAUGCCUGUGGGAAUAGCAGUAGACUGGAUCUACAAGAACAUCUACUGGUCAGAUCUGGGCAGUAAGACUAUAGCCGUGGCUAAUUUCAACGGCACGAAGCAGAAAAUGUUGUUUGACAAGGACUUGAAGGAGCCAGCUUCCAUUGCAGUGGAUCCUCUCUCUGGGUUCCUUUACUGGUCAGACUGGGGUGAGCCAGCCAGGAUUGAGAAGUCUGGAAUGAAUGGGGUUGAUAGACAAGUCCUGGUAGAAACUGACAUUCAGUGGCCCAAUGGUAUUACCCUCGAUCUGAUUAAAAGUCGACUUUACUGGGUGGAUUCCAAACUGCACACACUGUGUAGUGUGGAUCUCAAUGGAGAUAACCGGAAAAAAGUCCUGCAGUCCCAAGACUACCUGGCUCACCCUUUUGCCCUCACAGUGUUUGAGGAUCGAGUUUUCUGGACAGAUGGCGAGAACGAGGCCAUUUAUGGGGCAAACAAGUUCACAGGAUCAGAUGUGAUAAUGCUGGCCAGCAACCUGAAUGAACCACAGGACAUCAUUGUCUACCACGAACUCGUGCAGCUGUCUGGUACAAACUGGUGCAACGAGAAGGUUGAAAACGGAGGCUGUUUCUACAUGUGCCUGCCUGCGCCUCAAAUCAACAAGCACUCUCCAAAGUAUACGUGUGUGUGCCCCAAAGGUCAGGAGCUGGCCCCGGAUGGCUUGCAGUGCAAACCAGUGGCAUCUACAGCUGUUCCACAUGACGAAGAGCGGGUACUCACACAUCCUCCAGACGCUCCAAAAGCCCAGGUCACAGUGCAGACAGAAGCCACUGAAAGAAAUCUCAGCACCUCCAUACACGAGGUCAAAUCAGCCAAAGGAUCAGCUGCAGCCUGGGCGGCUUUGCCAGUGUUGUUGCUGGUCAUUACUGCUGUCGGAGGAUACUUCAUGUGGAGGAAUUGGCAGAUAAAGAAUAAAAAGAGCAUGAAUUUUGAUAAUCCAGUGUAUCUGAAGACUACAGAGGAAGAUCUGAACAUCGAUAUAAACAGACACUCCGGCUCAGUUGGACACACGUAUCCUGCUAUUUCUAUAGUGAACACAGAAGAUGACAUGCCAUAACCCGGCGUCUACACUGGACCCUAUUUAUGAACUGUCCACUUGGGACACUCGCCAAACACUGCUGUUCCAGCAGGCUGACAGUCAGAUGCCUUCCGAAGUGCAUUUCGCCAUUGUUUCUUAGAGGUGUGUGUGUGUGUGUGUGUGUGUGUGUGUGUGUGUGUGUGUGUGUGUGUGUGUGUGUGUGUGUGUGUGUGUGAAAUACGAUUAUGACUUGCUUCCUUCUCACAAUAAAUGUGCCCAAAGCAUCCUAUAACCGAGGACAUGGCCUUUAACUGAUUCUGCCACAAUCUUUGUGCAAAAUUAUAUUACUAUAAACAUCUUUAUAGCUUUCACUGUUUAGGAGAAGAGAAAUUUGGAAUGAAACCAUGAAUCUAGAUAUGACUUGUGCUGUUCAGAAAUUUGUGCAUAUUAAUGUUUAGAUUAAAAUCCAAAAGUUUGUGCUGGAAAUUUGUUUUAUUAUUAAUAGUUUUCUGAUCCUUUACCUCCAGAAGCACAUUGCUGCAAAGCUUCUCGUGGCCACCCUGAGGAAAACUGUACACUCUGUAACAGCAGUGGCGUCGGGAAAUUAAUGGUGUAAAAUGCUGUAAAUAUCCGUAACUUAAGAGUAAUCAGGAUUCUCCAAGCACUUUUGGUCCAGUGGUCACGUGUAAAUAAAGAUUGUAUACAAUUGACUGGAACAUUUUUGCUAUGUUUGGGUAGAGAACCGGGUUAUCAAAUGAAAAAUGUAUUUAAAAAGAAAAAAAAAAGUUUGUUAAACUAUUUUGUAUGUUUGUGCCGUUGCUGUAACUUUUUUUAUAGCAUUGUACAGGCAGGAGUACGUGCUCUGUAUUUAAGAAAUUUGCAAAAACCUAAAAUAAAAGGAAACGGUCAGUUGUA